CCCCGCCCAUCCCGGAAGUACAGGCGGAGCUACUAAAGCGCCGCAUCUGACUGAGCGGAAGAGGCUGUUGGAGGCGCCAGGGUAACUUUAAAUUUACCGUAGUCUUUGGAGCUUGUCCCUUUCUGCUUUGGUCGGAAUUCGCGACCCCGAUGGCUUUGGACGUGAAGUCACGAGCUAAGCGUUAUGAGAAACUGGACUUCCUUGGAGAGGGACAGUUUGCCACAGUUUAUAAAGCCAGAGACAAGAACACCAAUCAAAUUGUCGCCAUUAAAAAAAUCAAACUUGGACAUCGAUCAGAAGCUAAAGAUGGUAUAAAUAGAACAGCUUUAAGAGAGAUUAAAUUAUUACAGGAGCUAAGCCAUCCAAAUAUAAUUGGUCUCCUUGAUGCUUUUGGACAUAAAUCUAAUAUUAGCCUUGUAUUUGAUUUUAUGGAAACUGACCUAGAGGUUAUAAUAAAGGAUAAUAGUCUUGUGCUGACACCAUCACACAUCAAAGCAUAUAUGUUGAUGACUCUUCAAGGAUUAGAGUAUUUACAUCAACAUUGGAUUCUACAUAGGGAUCUGAAACCAAACAACUUGUUGCUUGAUGAAAAUGGAGUUUUAAAACUAGCAGAUUUUGGCUUGGCAAAAUCAUUUGGGAGCCCCAAUAGAGCUUACACGCAUCAGGUUGUAACCAGGUGGUAUCGUGCUCCUGAGUUACUGUUUGGAGCUAGGAUGUAUGGUGUGGGCGUGGACAUGUGGGCUGUUGGUUGUAUAUUAGCAGAGUUGCUUCUAAGGGUUCCUUUUUUGCCAGGAGAUUCAGACCUUGAUCAGCUAACAAGAAUAUUUGAAACUUUAGGCACACCAACGGAGGAGCAGUGGCCUGACAUGUGUAGUCUUCCAGAUUAUGUGACGUUUAAGAGCUUCCCUGGAAUCCCAUUGCAGCACAUCUUCAUUGCCGCAGGAGAUGACUUGCUAGACCUCAUACAAGGCUUAUUCUUAUUUAAUCCGUGUACUCGAAUUACAGCCACACAGGCAUUGAAAACAAAAUAUUUUAGUAAUCGGCCAGGGCCUACACCUGGGUGUCAGCUGCCAAGACCAAAUUGUCCAGUGGAAGCUUUAAAAGAGCAGCCAAACCCAGCUGUGGCAACAAAACGGAAAAGAACAGAAGCCUUGGAGCAAGGAGGAUUACCCAAGAAACUAAUUUUUUAAGUAAACGAAACAGUAUUUUAUGGCUGAGGAAAUAAUGGAAAAGGCAAGUAAUGCAAAAAUAGUGAACAUUAUAUGUUGUAGAACUGAAUUUGUAAAUAUUCUAUACAUGUAAAAAUAUAUGAAAUGGCAUGUUAUUUUUAUUAAAUGUAUUUUAAAAU